AUGGCGGCGUACUGCGAUGAGGUCUGCAAACUUGAAGACAAGUUCGACGGACUAGAACUCAACCACGUCACAAGAUGUUUCAACAAGGCAGCUGACGAACUGGCAAAGGCGACAUCCGGCCGAAAGCCCGUCCUUGACGACAUCUUCGUCAGUGACCAGUACACGCCCUCCAUCCGCUACAAGGAGCCGGGAGGGGUCGGCGACACGCCACCUGCCCCGGACUCGGGCGCCAACUUGAGAAAGGAUGGCAACGCACCACCUGUCCCGGACUCGGGCGCCGAUUCGGGAGGGGUCGGCGACACGCCACCUGUCCUGGACUCGGAGGUUGACCCCUCCGACCCCGAGGUCAUGGAGAUCGACGCAAACCCAGCAGAGGGGCCUGACCCCCCACCUGACUGGAGAGCCCCAUACCUCAACUACCUCAUCCGCAAGACGCUCCCGACAAACAAGACGGAGGGGAAGGCAUUGAUUCAGGACAUCCACGUCGGGGCCUGCGGCCACCAUGCCAUGCCAAGAACCCUCAUUGGGAACGCCUUCCGACAGGGCUUCUACUGGCCGAUGGCAGUAGUCGACGCCACCCACGUGCUAACUCGUCCUUGGGUCUUCGGGCGUGAUGGCUUCAUCCUCCAGAAGCUUCGCCAAGGCCUCCGCUAG